CACCAUAUUGUAGUAAACGUCGCGGGUGGCAUUUAGCAUAGGGACAGCCGGGAACCGGAAGCUUGACCGAUUAGUGAUGAUUGUGUGAUUGAUAUUUUAUUAAUAUUAUGAAUAUUAGUUAAUAAUUUGUGUAUGUAUUUAAAAGCGAUACAGAUAAAUGAUAUUUUUAGUUGUUUUUGUACUCCAUGUUUUGAUUUUAAGGCACCAUUAAAUUGAGUUUUGUUGAUGUGUUUGUGAAUUAUAGAAUUAAAUUCACCACUUAAGCUUUGACUCAAAUUCAAAUCAGUUUGGUCGUUGGCGUCGUUGGCGCCCAUCUUGGUCUUGGCGUUGGCGUUGGCGUGUAACAGGUUGACAGGUCUUUUGAUAUUGGAUACUUUGCCAUCGGAUUCGUCAUGGUUGCCGGGAGCUGCCCAGGAUGCCGGAAGCCCGUGUACGGCAGACAGGCAGCGUGUGGUGCCUGUGGAUACGAUCUGGCUGGGCAACGGUCGGCUCGCCGCGCGGAAAUGCGACGCAAGCUGUUGGAGACCGGAAAAAAGAGGGCAGAUAACCACCUGGACAGGAUUUGGAAGCAGAUCACCAAACAGGUGUAUCGCCUUCAGGGCGCCGGAUUCCGAGUCGCCGUGUUGAGCGUCCGGCCCGGUGGGAAAACGACGGCAAAGUUUAACCUUUGUGAAGACGACGUCUUGUCGAAGUCCUUCCAAGAAACUGACGCCUCGACUGGAAAAAAAGUCCUCAACGCCUAUGGAGAGGCCAUCCUAAAGGCAUUUUUGCAUGGUGCUCUCACUGCCGACGAGCUGCGGAAGUGUAGCGCGGUCGCAAAGCUCCGCGGAUUUAGCUAUGCGGCUGGGACGGUGCCUGGCCCCGACGUGGAGGCAGCCGACAACACCAUUGCCGACAACACCACCGCCGACAACACCACCGCCGACAACACCACCGCCGCCGCCGACAACGCCACCGCCGACAACACCACCGCCGCCGCCGACAACACCACCGCCGACAACACCACCACCGCCGCCGCCGACAACACCACCGCCGACAACACCACCACCGCCGCCGCCGCCAACACCGCUACCGUCAACACCUCCACCGCCGCCAACACCUCCGCUACCGUCAACACCUCCACCGCCGCCAACACCGCCACCGCCGCCAGCACCGCCACCGCCGCCAGCACCGCCACCGCCGCCAACACCGCCACCGCCACCGCCAACACCGCCACUGCCGCUCUCACCAACACCACCAUCGCUGCCGCCACGACCAGCACCAGAGGAUCUCUUUUAAAGUUUUUUGUUGUAAGAGACUCGGCGUCGAGUGCUGCUGCGCAUUGCGCCAAGAUCCGUAUUCUCCAUACGAAGAAGUAAGGAGGUGUGCAGGCCCCGCCGUCUCGAUGAAUGGAGAUGCAUAUGAUAUGUAAAUAAACGUGUUGCCGUGUGCGUGAUGUGUUUUUGGAGUGGCACAGAGAUGCGUGUCGGUUAACUCGUUGGUGUUCUAAUGGAAAUGUAAGCAUGCGGUUUAAUCCAGCCCACCGGUCUAUUCUCACUGGUGACUCUAGGCAGGCUCUUAACGUUAGCAGCUGGGAAAACGCUAAUGCGGAUGAGGGUCGAGCCUCUUCUCUUUUCCUGUGCCUGUUCAGUCUCGCAACAAGUUAAAUAGACAUCAACACUAUA